AUGCCCACAUAUCGAAGCAUCACCAUCUCCCUCGUCUCACAGUUUGACAUUCUCACGAUUCCCGAAUAUGCACCGCCGACGACACCCACGGAUCCCUUCUCCAAUGCACCGACGCUCGUCAAUCCAGAUCACUCGCUAGUAUCUGUGUACAUCCCGACAUACCCAUCCUCGCAAUUCUGGAUCUCAUACAGUAUUUCGCCACCUUAUCCACCAAAACUGCUCUACUAUUUUAAGCUCUACCUCAACGGUAAUUCCGUCGUGAGCUGGGGCUGUGGCGAGGACGAUGCCUACCGAGGCAAGACCAUGUUCGGUCUCUUUAAGCCGGGUCAUAGCUCUGCCCUUGCUAGAGGUACUACUUUACAGCAACGAGUUCUCUGCUUUGGCCCGGACACUGCCGGUCUCGACAAUGGUGCUCUGGACAACCUGAGCGAUGUCAUGGAAAUCAAAGUGUUUCGAUCGAAGGGUAGGAAGAGGGUUAAGCCAGGUUUCCAAACGAUUCAGAGUGUCGGCAUUUCCCCGAACAUCGACAAGAAAAAGUCUCAGCAGCAAGCAGUAGGUGGCAUCAAUCUCGUCAAUGCAGGAACCCUCUUGGACAAUCAUCCUCAGCGUUACUACAAAUAUGCACUGCUCGAUCCUCUCGACGCGCCCUUCGCUACUUUUCGAUACUACUACCGCAGCUGGGACCAACUUGAAGCUCUGGGAGUCAUAUCGCCUCAUCCUAGCGAAUCUUCAUCUAUUACCAGCAUUGACUCCUCGCCUGCCAGGUCGGAACAGAACCUCGCCACAACCGCAGAACGGCCACGGUCCCCACUAAAUAGCAGCAACACGCCUGAAUCUUACGUGCCUGUGUCAGCCUCAUCAGACAAUACUGCUACGAAUGGUUCAUCACACAUGGCCGAAGAGCCCAAGGACAGCAGUACUACCGAAGCAGGAACAGCCACAAAUCUGAAAAAGAACAGCAAAGCUACAGACGACGAAGUCGAGUCGCAGAGCACGACAAAGUCUCCUGAGGAAUCUCCUCUAAAAAUCCCUUUCUUCCUCCCACGCCCGCCAACCCCACCUCCCUCGUCCCCACCAUCAAAGCUCGCACAAUUACCCAACAGCGUCCCUCCCACAACCAGAGAUUUCAACACGCUCGCCUCGAAGGAAUCUUUCGCUUCUUUGAUCCGCAAGCGUCUUCCUGAUCCCGACCCAUCCGCCUUCCAGCUGACCGACCCUAGCCCGACAGUGGAGCCGCCUAAUCCAACGCUACCGAGUCCGGGUAAAGCAUCCGGCCUAGGAAAGAGGAGUGGCACCGGCAGCAUGGGCGUGUUGAUGAGUGUAGUCAAUAGUGCAAAAAACAGGCGGCGUCGAGAGGCUGCUGCCGAUAGUGUCGCCGGCGAGGAAGAGCCCAGUGAAGGUGAGCGAACCGAUGGAGAGACGGGGGAGAGUAUCAGUACUGGUUCGGGGAGCGAAGGGAGUGGGAAGGCGAGGGGUACCUCUGCAGGGAAAAAAGAGAAGAAGAGGGUGAAAGAGCAGAAGAGGAGGGAAGAGGAGGAGGAGGAGAUUGGGAAGCAGCCCGAAGAGAAAAAGAGGGGGGAGAGGAAAAGAAAUCUGUGGGAGGAGUUGUGA